AUGACAACUGCUCACCGUCCAACUUUCGAUCCCGCAAAAGGUGGCACAGGAAGAAAUGAAGGGGAUUUGGCAAAAUUAUCUCAACAAUAUUCUAGUAGAGAUAUGCCGUCUCACAUGACUUUAAAAUAUCGCCAAAAAGGCCAAGCACAUCCUGAUGAAAUUAAUACAAAGGAUCUUCGUCGUGAUGUUGAAGAAAAAGAGCAAUUAACUUCAAAAGAUCGACAUUCCCGUGAAUCUAGAACUACUUCAGGAUCUAGCAGUAUUUCGAAACGACCAAAAUUAGAUGAUCCUCAAAAUUUGGAUGCAGAUUUCCCACAAGAUGAUGUUUUAGAAGAUAGUGAUUUGGAUGAUGAUUCUGAUGAUGAAGCUGAAUUAAUGGCUGAGUUAGAAAGAAUUAGAAAGGAGAGGGCUGCUGAGAAAGCUGCAAGAGAAUCUAAAGAAGCAGAAGAACAGGAGAAAAUUCGUCAAGAAAACAUUUUACAUGGAAAUCCUCUUUUAACUCAAAAUACUGACUUUAAAGUUAAACGUCGGUGGGAUGAUGAUGUCGUCUUCAAGAAUUGUGCACGUGGAAUUGAUGAACGUAAAAAGACUCCAUCUUUUAUUAAUGAUGCUAUACGUUCUGAAUUUCAUAGAAAAUUCAUGGAAAAAUAUAUAAAAUAAUUUGUUGAUUUAUUUUGAUUUUAAAUAUUUUGAAUUGUAAAAAACAAUUGAUAAAGCGGUAAUACUUUGCUUGAGACCCCCCCCCUUUUCUCUUUACAUCCUUAAUUUUGUUCAGGAUCACCAAAUCCAGCCAAUCUUGGUAUCAUUCGACCCAGCUCGAAGUGCCCUUUCAAAUGAUAUUUAACUCAAGCAUAUAGUAAAGUCAAAGUGGUCAAGGAAACUGGAGAAAGAGGGGGUGGGGGGUCUCAUCCAAAGUAUUACCGAUAAAACUUUGUAAUACAAUCAAUAAAGAUCAAAAAGUAAUCAUUUUUAUAAUAAAUAAAACAAUUUUAAUAUGUUCAUUGAGCAUAUUGUCUGAGAGAAUAACAAGCAAUAUAAAGAUAACAAAAUGGG